AUGUUUAUGAAGAUCGGGUUGAAUGGUUGGACAACGCUUGGGAUGAAAAACUUGUCGUCCUUUUCAGCGAUAUUAAAGGACAACGAAUAUCGCCACCAAAUAAAACAAAAAACACAGCUCCAGAUAUGUAAACAUAAUGAAGAACAAGCAACAUUUGUUUUCGUUAAUCCACUUUUGAAGGAAGUGCAUGUUAAACAUCGCGAUUUGGUAAAAGAAAUAUUGCAACAGGUUCUUAUACGUCAUAGAUAA